GAGCGUCCUUGGCAACCGGACUCAGAAAUACAAUAAUUUCGGUGAGGUUAAUUUGUAGCAACAAAUCGUAAUUUUGAGUAAAUAAAUAAAUCCACAAACCGACCCCAAACUGAUCAGCUAAUAAACUGGUAGACAUCUAGACUUUAUCAGAAAAAAUAUAAACAAAUUUAACGAUGGGUGGGGAUUACUAUGUCUCUUUGGAAAUAAACAGAAAUGCGACCGACGCAGACAUCAAAAAGGCGUACCGAAGACUUGCACUGAAGUACCACCCUGACAAAAACAAUGAUUCCGGUGCCUAUGAGAAAUUCAGUGAGAUCGCGGAGGCUUACGAUGUUUUAAGUGACCGUACGAAGAAGGCAACUUAUGACAAGUUUGGCGAAGAGGGCUUGAAAAGAGGUAUCCCAUCCGAUCUCGGUGUAAAUGGGGCUUGGACUGAAGGUUACACAUUCCAUGGGAACCCGGAGAAAAUUUUCAGGAGCUUUUUUGGGGGAGACAACCCAUUUGCAGACUUUUACGCGGAGGACGGCAGUGAUAUCGACGUGGGGUUCGGAGGUCUGUGUGGGCGAGGCGUGCGGAAGCAGGACGCGCCCAUUGAGAGAGACCUACACCUGGCCCUAGAGGACCUGUUUCACGGGUGCACCAAAAAGAUGAAAAUAUCUCGGCGAGUAAGUCGUGCGUUUGGACGUAAAGAAAAGUGUGGCACUUUCAGAUUUGUUUCAGUCUGCUUUUUCUCUUCUGACCAGGUUAUGAACGAGGAUGGAUACACAUCAAGCAUCAAGGACAAGAUUCUAAGUAUUAACAUUAAACCAGGCUGGAGAGAGGGCACAAGGAUAAUAUUUGAAAAAGAGGGUGACCAGGGACCCAACUGUAUCCCAGCUGACAUCGUAUUUGUUGUGCAACAGAAGAACCAUCCAAGGUUCUCCAGACAAGAACAUAACCUGAUUUACACUUAUGACAUUGACCUGGAGAAGGCCCUGACCGGCUUCUCCAUGGAGAUAGAGACGCUAGACGGCAGACUACUUAACAUUCCCGUGAAUGACAUAGUGCAUCCCAACUACACCAAGGUGGUGCCUGGAGAAGGAAUGCCUCAGUCAGCUGACCCCAGGCGCAGGGGAGACCUCAUCAUCAAGUUCCAUGUCAAGUUCCCAGAAAAGCUCUCACUCCAAGGGAAAAAACUGAUCAAGCAAGCCCUAACCCUCUGAAGGUGCAAGUCAACUGUGCAUAAAGUCUGGUUCACACUCCUUGUCUGCAUAUCAUUGCAGUCCACACACCAAGCAUACAGACCUUUUGAUGGCCACUGAAGUUUCUUGUACAAAAAUUGAACAGACGUUAAGAUACCAAGUGGGAGUACAGAAAUACGGGACAAGUCACAUUUUCAUUGAUCAAGGCAUUUUACAUUUCAGUAUGGGAUUCUCAAUACACAGGACGAGUGGCAGCUCUACCUACAGGGUUCUGGUGGAAUACUAACUGGUACCAUGGUCCGGUCCAAAACACAAGAAGCCAGCAGAUUCCACCUACUUCAAAUGCAAUUCCUUGCUCUCAACACCAACAUGCAAUAAGUCUGCAAGACCAAAAAUUGACAGUUUGCAUGUACAAUUUCAGCUGACAAACCGUAACAUUUGGGCAAGUGGAGCAUGAACUGUAAGGGUUAAAACCUCAAUUGCCACAUCAUUGUACUACCAUUCCAUAACUGCAUGGUAAACUCACUGAACCACUAAGACACUCUUUUUGCAAUAAACUUGGGCAAACAAGA